AUGGGCAACCAACAUUCCACACCACUUACACCACUCAACCAAGUACCUCUCCUCUUUCCAAAACACAUCUUUGGAGGUGAUUUUAUUUUAGGAGCAGUUGGCAUGAAAGUUAUGAGUGGUGGCAACUAUGACAAGUUCAAAGGAGGCGAUUUUCGUUAUUAUUACGAAUCCAAUAUGAGAGAUGGGCAUAAAUGUCUCUUUGAAUUGAUUUCUAAUCAGCCAAUGGAUGAUAUUCAACCACAUGCCGUAAAUAUUCAUUCACUCAAGUUGACCAUUCAAAAAGUUAAUGAAAAAAAUGAAAGUGAAUUGAUGUUGAGUCUUUUGGGUGAUAAUUUUGGGCGUCCAUAUCAUUCUCUUCAAGAAAAUAGAAGAAAGAUUGCUGAAAUUAAUGAAAUUGUUGGAAUUAGCCAGCUUUCGUAUAGUGAUAGAGCUUCUUGGGAUAUAAUGAUGGAAUAUUUGGGAAUUUCUGGUCAUUUCCAAUAUUAUUCAGUAGUUCCUGGAUCUGAUAAUUUGGAAUUCUUUCGAGAAGUGUUGAAAUUUAGAGUUUGUGAGCUGGUUGGAAAUGGUGAAAUUCCAACCUAUAGAAUAACUAAAUUCGAAAGAAGUGAGCUAGAUGGAAUGGAAGGCCAAUAUUCAACUUAUCAAUUAGAUAUAACCAAAUCUAAUUUCAUUCAAAGAUUUGAUUACGAUGGUCAUUUCUUGGAAUAUUCUGAAUAUCUCAAUAAGGAUGAAAAUUGUGGUGUCAUGACAAUUACAUUUGACAGGGAAAUUAUUUACAAAGCUACUUAUCCAUAUGAUCUAAAUGCCAAUCAUUUCUCUUCAAUUCCAUCAGCUCAACAACCAAUUUACAAGGCUGGCAUGAAAUGUGAAAUUGACAAUAGAAGGCCAUCUCACUAUUCCAUCAAGUUUGCAGAAAAAUUACUUUCCAAAGUAUUGAAAAACGAAAAGAAAAUGGAAAUCCAAGAAUUGGAGCAAGAAUGGUUUGCUUUUUGUAGAAAUGAUUUUUAUAAUCUUUCAAUGAUUUUCAAUUUUGGAAAUUUCAAACAUUUUCCAGAUAUGAAUUUGAAGAAAGCUCUUGAAAAUUCUUCAUCUUUUCCAGAUGUAAUAUUUCAUACACACGAUAAUUCACAAUUAUAA